AUGGUGACUUUGAUUGGCUUUUCCAAUAGGAGGAUCCUCUUCUCGGGACAGUCUGCACUGCCCCUCGGCUGUGGGGAGUGCCCCGCUUUAAAAACACGGGUGGAUUCAUUUGGAGAGGCGCCGGAAGCAGCAGGUUGGUGGAGGACAGGAGCACGCGCAGUGGAGUUAUUCCGAAAGCUUUCUGCCACAUCUUUCCUGGGUUAUCUCCAACGGGACAAGAUGGCUUUGACCCAAGAAUCAGUUUUGUCCUUUUUAUUGGAGCGCGGCGGUAAAGUGAAGAACUCUGAGCUGCUGAGCAAUUUCAAGAGUCGCAUCAGCUGCAGCGAUCCGGCCGAAAAGCAGCACAAAAGAGACCUUUUCAAGAAGCUGGUCAACAGCGUCGCCGUGGUCAAGCAGAUCGACGAUGUGAAGUUUGUGGUUGUGAAGAAAAGAUACCAGGAUUUUGCCAAAGAGCUGCCACCAGAUGUCUCCCGGAAAGCGCAGAUGGACGACAGUUUUUCAAGCCUGAACGCGAGCUUUUCUUCCACCUCUCCCCUCCGGGCGCAGCCAGCCGGGGGGCUUCGCUCUGAUGGUGGAAACAAAGCUGCGUGCAGCCCCUCACGCACGGCCCAUUGUCACGGUGACGAGGAGCGCGCGCGCAUGGACGGCGUGCAGAAAAGGAGGCCAGACCCAGACAGAGACGCAACCACUGUCAAAGUCCUGAACAUCUCCGGAGUCCAGACAAACCCGGGCAAAUCCGGAGCGGUGUUCGCUCUCAUAGCGGUGAAAUCUCCACCGAGAGACUCCGCACCGGCCCCACGGGGCGGGCUCCUCUCCCAGGGGCAUCAGCGUGAAACUUCAGACGAACCACUGACCAAAGUCUCUCCACUGCCUCUUUUAAGUUCGAGUUUUUCAGCUCGCAAAGGGGACUUAUUAAAAGAACCCCAGAGCUGGAAAACUAGACAGAAGGAGGGCGUUCAGCCCCCGGCGGGGCCCCAAAUCAAGACCACAAGACAAGCCGAUGAUGGCAGGUUCUCUGAGUCUGUGCCUUUAGAGCCUCUGGCCCACGAGUGGCUGGUGAAGUGUGCCGCCGGCCUGUGGGGACAAAUCCACACCCUGCUGCUGCGGGACACGCGCUUAGCCCAGAGGAAAGACUUCAUGUCGGGGUUCACAGCGCUGCACUGGGCCGCCAAGGACGGCAACAGCAGCAUGAUACACAAGCUCCUGGACAUUUCCAGGAAGAGGGGGACCUCCGUCAACGUCAACUGCAAGGCCCAUGGAGGGUACACGCCUCUGCACAUCGCCGCCAUCCACGGCCACACCGAAGCCGUGGUUUUGCUCGUGCAGCGUUACGGAGCAAAUGUGAACGAAAGGGAUAAUUACGGGAAGAAGGCCUUCCACUACCUGGGGAAAGGUGUGACGGCGGAGGUCAGAGCACUUCUGGGAGGUCCACUGCAGAGGAGCGGCACGGCGGAGGAAGAGGAACACAAAGAGCAUGGAAAAGGAUUCAAUUCUAUUAGUAAAUUGUUCCAUCCUCACGUGGGGAAGAAACAAAAGACAACCAUUAAGUUUCAUGAGUGGUAA